UCCCCGCCCCAGCCCGUCCGCCCGCAGGCGCGCCCGCCUGGCUCCCUCCCUCCUGUUCCUGCUCUGCCACUUCUUCCUCUGCCUUCCUCUCGCAGGGACCAUGUCGCGACUCAGUUGGGGAUACGACGAACACAACGGUCCUAUUCAUUGGAGUGAAUUUUUCCCUAUUGCUGAUGGGGAUCAGCAAUCUCCAAUUGAGAUUAAAACCAAAGAAGUGAAAUAUGACUCUAGCCUUCAACCUCUUAGUAUCAAGUAUGACGCAAGCUCAGCUAAAAUCAUCAGUAACAGUGGCCAUUCCUUCAACGUUGACUUUGAUGAUACAGAGGACAAAUCAGUUCUGUGUGGGGGUCCCCUGACCGGAAGCUACAGAUUAAGACAGUUUCACCUGCAUUGGGGGUCUGCGGAUGAUCACGGCUCUGAACACAUUGUGGAUGGAGUGAGGUAUGCUGCUGAGCUCCAUGUUGUUCACUGGAAUUCAGACAAAUACCCCAAUUUUGUUGAAGCAGCUCAUAAGCCAGAUGGACUAGCUGUCUUGGGAGUAUUUUUACAGAUUGGUGAGCAUAAUUCCCAAUUGCAAAAAAUUACUGACAUUUUGGAUUCCAUUAAAGAAAAGGGUAAACAAACCCGAUUCACAAAUUUUGAUCCAAUAUCUCUGCUUCCUCCAUCCUGGGACUACUGGACAUAUCCUGGUUCUCUUACAGUCCCACCUCUUCUAGAGAGUGUCACAUGGAUCGUUUUAAAACAUCCUAUAAAUAUCAGCUCUCAACAGCUGGCCACAUUCCGCAGCCUCCUGUGCACAGCGGAAGGAGAAACAGCAGCCUUUCUCUUGAGUAAUCAUCGUCCACCACAGCCUCUGAAGGGCCGGAAAGUAAGAGCCUCUUUCUAUUAACGGUCACCAGUGGACCACCCCAAACACAUCUGAAGAAAGAAACCAAGACAAAAUACCAAAAUCCCUACUAACUGCUUUUUCUGGAAUCCUAAUUUAUAUGAAAACAUUGUGCUAUCAGUUUUAGCACAACAGAGAAAAUCAGAUCUCCUUAAUCACUCAUUUAACUCAUCGAUCUCAGAUUCGCACUUACCAGUGUUCAUUCAAGAAGGGAUCAUUAUUCCGUGUCUGGAAACCCACAAAGUGCGUCUUCAGCCUGCGUGAAAGCCUGGCUGGCAGGGGAACCCUUGCAGUGUAUUUCCCCUUGUGCUAGAGACUGAUCAGUCUCGUCUCUCAGUGAUGUUUGGUAAAAAACUAACAUUCAUUUCUAUAAUGGAAGAUUGUGGUACCUUUUUCUAAAUAGGUGAUCCUAUUUAAUGUUUUUAUAUCUUCCAACACAUAUAAAACAGACACUAUUUUCUUUUAAAGUGACUUUUCAUUUUGAUGAUGUUGCUGAUUCUCACUGCAUCCCUUUCAUAAAAUGAACAAUAAGGGCUUAAGGGAUAGGGUGAGAUAUAGCUACUUAGUGUGUCUAACUCCACAGCUCACAAAUAAGCCAUGCAAUUUUGGGUCAGAAUUCCUUAGUCUACUUAAACUUUAAUGAAUCAUGCUGUAGGUAAUGUUAAUUCUCUAGGUAAUGUUAAUGAUAGUCUGGCUAAUAAUUGACCAGAUUCAGUGCUUGCCAAUUUAUGGCAUUAACAUGGUUUGAACCAAUCAGAUCACCUGGCACAGUGCAGGGUGAUAAAGGGAUGAUGAAAGGGUUGCCUGCUUUUGCCCUGUGUUUUGGCUUCAUUUGGGUCAGCAGUGCUGUGCAGAUCAGUGUUUUGUUACCUGGUGGAAGACAGCCCUCAAUCUCAUAAAUCCACACACAGGCCAUAAACCUUUCAGCCACUUGCUGUAGUAAAAGCCCACUUCCCAUUUUACAAGUGUGCCUCAUAGGGAAUUUUGUAAGUUGACUUUAACUAUCCAUUAUAAUCUAUUAUCUUUUGUAUAUUUUUGUUCACUUUUGGUGAAGGCAGUUGGGGGAGAGGGUCCUUUUGCUCUUCUGGUGUUGAUGGAGUAACACCAAAGACUAGUUUAAUAACUACACCUAAGACGAACACAUGGUAGACCUAUUUUCUGAGAGAAGUUUAUCUGAAUUUCCUUGAUUUGGAUGACUUGUUUCAGAGACCUUUUCUUCCUCUGGAUAUAGCUUUUAAUCAUUGCAUUUAUUCUAUAGUAGUCUUGACAGGAUAGCUGAGCUUCAGUAAAUGUGUAAUAAUAAUGUACAUGGCUGCAUACCAGGGGCUCCUGAAAACUAAAGCUGAUACUUUAGUGAAGUCUGUUUUCUCCUCUUUGUAUGGAACGUGGGGGAGAUUGACAUGUGGUAAAUAUUUAAUGAAUUGAAUACUUAAAAGAUGCAUUUGAUCUUUGGUAAUUAUCUAGCUUCUAUGUGCACUAUAAGUUAAUGUGUAACAAGCAAAAUAUAAGUUAGCUCUUGAAAAUUGUUUCUUCUUAAAGGAAAACCCUAUUAAUUCUUGUAUAAACAAAAGUUCUAAUGAUUAUAAAAAUCCUGGCGUUGAGUGGAAGGGCCUUUCUUUAGUUUGGAAAGACUAUCUUAGUCAAGGAAAGAGGUAUGUUUCCUCAGAGAAAGUAAGUCUCUGUAUCUCAAGAGGCAUGUGAUAUGUGGGUGGGAAUUACUGUGUAUAAGAGCUACCACUUUGUAACUGGCGAUUUUCAAUGUGCACUGUUUUUAUGCUAUAAAGUAGUAUACAAAACAACAUUUGUAUCAAUGUUUCCUUUAGGAUUGCCUGCUAAUUUACCCCUUUUAGAGGGAAAAGGUCUAAGUGUAUGUUGAACUUGUUAUCUUUUGAAAAGAUUAAAGAGUUGUAAAUACUAAUACAUGUCUCUUAUUUGUUUCUCACAUGUACUGGAUUUCUGUUUAUUAAGUAUUUUGUAUUUUAUUUUAAAUUGUAGUCAACUACAAUAAAGAAAGGAAGCCAAA